CGCGACGACCACAGAAGACAGCAGCACCAACUCCGCAACUCGCCUGUCCCAGCUAAUAAUUCAAUCGGCCUCAGGGCCACCUGGAAAAGAUGUCUCAAACCAAUGGAUUAACAAAACUUGCAUACUCCCGAACAUGGCACCACAUCUCAGCCAGCACGCCGCAUCACGCACUCUCCACAAUCCGGCCUCUCCCGUCCCCUGAUUCUAAAGAACUCAAACCACCCUCAUUAGGGCGUCUCGCAUCCCGAAUCGCCGUCCUUCUCAUGGGCAAACAUAAACCCAUCUGGGACCCAUCCACCGACUGCGGCGACUAUGUCGUUGUAACCAACUGCGCCGCUCUUCAUACAACCGGCAAGAAACGAUGGCAGAAGCUAUACUACAGACAUAACACGCGGCCCGGAAGCCUGAAAUCGGUCACCAUGGAUGGAUUGAUGGACAAGCUGGGAGGCGCCGAAGUGUUGCGGAAAGCGGUCAGUGGCAUGUUGCCCAAGAACAGAUUGAGAGAUGAUAGGCUGGCGCGGUUGAAGGCUUUCGAGGGCGACGCACACCCGUAUAAGGCGAACAUUGUCAAGUUUAACGGGAAAUCGAAGAUUGCGGAGUGGCCGAAGGGGCAGACGAAGGCUGAGGAGGCGAGGUUAUGA